CACAACGCAUUAUACGUACGCGCGCGCUCGAGAGUACGUACAACUCAGCUGCUCCUGCUGCCGCUUGUGCUCCUUCUGCUGCCGCUGCUGCUGCUGCUGCUGUACCGGCGUUAACUCGCCAUAUCGUAGCGCCGACUGUCGCGCGCGCACACACCGCCCGCAACGGUCGCUCGACUCACAACGCAACCGCCGCCGUCAGCUCGAUACAGUGCUCAAGCAGUGCGCGCGCGUACUUACUUAUACUAUACGCGUUCGUUGCACCACGGCGGUCGUGUUUCGCGCUGUCAGCGUCGCGGCGCAAACCGACGGCCACCGUCCCCGGGAAGCUCGACGACAGCCGACGACGAUCCCGCCGUCCGACCGGCGGGCACGCGGAUCGACGCUAUCGCGGAUCUCGCAGUCGGUCGCCGAUUGAUACACUGUCGCGUUUAUACGGCACCCCGUCCUCCGCUCUCACAGCAUCCCCCCGACGGAUCACGACGCGGUGUCGACCCGUACAUGACCGAUGAGAUCGUGGACGGCGACGACGACGACGACGACGACGACGACGGACCGACUGGCCACUGCGCAACAGAUCGAGAAAAGGAAUCACAUCAAACAAUACGGGUGCGAAGUCGUGAAAAAGUAAAAUCAUAUAGAUGACUUGAUGUGCUUAAGCUGGAUUCAAGCAUGCACCGCCAUACACCUGCUGUGGAGUGUGCUGUAUAUAAGCGUUGGCGCUGUCCAAAUAGUAGCAGGCAUAUUUUUCCUAUUCACAGUUCCUGUUCUCAGAAUAGGAUCAAACAUAUGGACAGGGUCUUGGAACGUGUUCUUUGGAGUAGGAGGAGCAGUUUUCUCGUGUGUAGGUGAUUGGACUACAGCCAAACAACGAGGUCUGUUAUGCCUCACUGUGUCUAUCCUGAUUAUGAACAUAGUAAAUUUAAUAAUAUUGGAAAUCGGAGAAUGGAGAUACCUAACACCUGAAUCGGUUAAACAUAUCAUGUCGAAAGAAGGCUUGGAAACUUUAGUUCUAUAUGCUCGUUACACUACUAGUAUAAGCACAUUAGUAGCCAUAAUCGGCGCAUUUUUCGAUUCGCAGAUAACGUUUUGUUGUAUGCUACGUGUGGAUAAAACACAACAAAAUGCAGAACCAGAUAACAAUUCAGAUGUCGAUUACAUUAUGCCAAGGGUCAAAUCGGAGUGCGUGUUGCGGUCGAACAGCACCGCCAGGAAAACGUCGGACAACAACUACGGCCGUUCCUGGGUGUUCGAGGCGGACGGCACGACGGGCCCCGGUGGCUGUCCCACGUACGCGUCCACGGAAUCGCUGAGCGCGCUCGACCACCGGCCACCGGCGGCGGUGACCGCGACCGCGGCCGUGUGCAGCCGGACGGUGACGCUGAAGCGCAGGGCCAAGCCGGUGACGCCGGUGGUGAUCGUCGAGAUGGACGGCACGGGCGGCCGGCCCACGCAGCUGAUGACCAGCUUCUCGCGGACACCGUCGCCGGUCGGCCUGUCGGAGAGCUCGUCGCAGGACUCGGUGUCCGCGGCCGCCGUGGCCGCCGUGCCGAUUUACGAGUGCCUGGAAAAGCUGACCGAACCGUCCGUGUACAGGUCCCGCUUGAACACCGCCUUGUCCGCCAGUAUCCAGGAGGCCAUCGCGUCCGGCGACCGGCCGCCGCGGAGCCUAUCGCCAAGGCCGCCGCCCGCCGCGGAGCCCGUCCAGUACGCGUCGCUGAUGGAAGAACUGCAGAAGACAAUCGGCAACAGGCUGUCCAAACACGUCGAAUCGCCCGAAGAGAGAUUCAGUGCCGAAUUGGACGAUGCACUACAAGACAUCCAAGAUUUAGAAUCUCCAAAUGGCCAUAGCAAUGACCGGACAGAUGACAGUAGUGACAGUGAUGCAGCCAGCAUGAAGACCACAAAGACAGUUAUACUAAAUGGUAAGAACGCUGAUGACUUAGGUUACGUAUCGAUGCGCCAAGAUUGCGCACACUUGUUGAGCGUGUACGACCAAGUAGAAUGCGAAUUGCCAGAAGAACUGCCGGAAGAGACAAACAACAACACAAUUGGGUUGGAUGUCACUGUUAAGACUUCUAGUAAGGGUUGGAAGUCAUUGUCAACAAUGUUAAAAAGAAAACAUAGAGCCGCUCUAACUUUAAUACCUGAAAUCGAAGCAUCCAUUAUAAAAUCUGAAUGUUUGGCAUACUUGUCAGAUAAAGAAUUGAUUGAACGAUACGACCGUAAUAAAAUGGUACACAGGCAAAUCGAAGAAAAAGUUUGGAAACAAAUUAACGGUGCUUCGGAGACCGAUUCCCCUUGCUGACCGACUGAUGAAUUGUGUUUAUUUGGUUAUUUAAUUGAAUUUAUAUUACUAUUAUUAAGUAUAAUUUUCUAUACUCUAUACAAAUUUUUAUUUUGUGUUAUUGAACUUAUUUAAAACGGUGGCAUACAAACAAUCCUUCCUAAACUAUGUUAAAUGUUAUACCUAUCCGAUCUAUUACUAUAUAAUAAAAAUUAAAUAAUAUUAUAAUAUUGUAUUUAUCAUAUCUUUCAAUCAUUAUUCCUAUUAAAAAUUAACAGAAAUAAAAUAAAAAAGUGAAAAUGAAAAACCAUGAUUUUAUUAUUAUUUAACAUAAAAUUGGUAUCAUGUUCUUUAUACAAUGUAUGAUUAUCGUUAAAAUAUUUUCCCUCUAGGUUAUUACAAUGUACAUCUUUAUUAUACAUACAUAAUAUUAUAUAUAUAUGAAUUAUUAUUUAUAAAAUAUCUAUAAAUGUUGUUCAAGUUCGAAAAAGUUGUGUUCGAAAAAAAAUAUUUACAAAAAGACUAGUAGAAUUUAUAGUUUUAUUCUCGGUUAGAUUAAAUUUUCGAUUUAUUAAUAUUUUAUUUCGUGUUUAUGUAUAGUUAUAUAUAUUAUUAUAAAUUUGUUAUUUAUUUUUGACUGUGAUUUUUAUGUUAAUCAAUAUAUUUAUAUAAUAUAUAUUAUAUACAUAUAUGAUUGAUAUAUACAAUAUAUAUUAUGCAUUGUUAGUAAAUAGAUAUUUAUGAAAAUAAUUUUUAAUGUUCAAAAUAUUUAUACAUAGAAAACAUGUAAAAUGUAUACAUUCAGUUUAUUAUAAAUAUGUAGAACCAAUAAUAGUUAAACAUAAAAAUAUAUUAUAUUACCUAUUAUAAUAAAUUUA